GCGGAGAGGAGAACCGCACAACCGCACAACCGGAGAAGAUGUCUGCUCCCCCCACUCAGCUGGGGUCGCUCGCAUCCACGUCACGGCGCGGUCACGACACAUCUUCCAGUUGCCGCCGUGUCCAUUAGCGCUCCAAUGUGUUGGUGAAAUCCUUCCCCUCCUUCCCUCCUCUUCCGUCCCCUCGCCAGCAUGGACAAGACGCCGUGUAGUCCACAUCCCGGGACCAACUCUUCCUCUUCGGACGGCGCCAACUCGUCGUCGAGGAAGCCCGGGAGGACAGGGUCGCAAAGCCCAGCCCAGUGCGGCCCCGCCGGAGCAGGAGGCGGACGGGGAGCUUUGCAGCAGCAGCAGCAGCUUCACGGUCGCAGGCGACAGCUGGAAGGAGUUCUCAGCAAAUACACCAACCUCAUCCAAGGCUGGCAGAACAGGUACUUUGUAUUAGACCCAGAUCUGGGACUGCUGCUCUAUUUUGUCAAUGAGCAAGGAAGGAGUCAGAAGCCACGGGGAUCCCUCCCCUUAAUUGGUGCCACAGUGAUGGUCGGUGACGAGGCGCCGCACAUGUUCAUCGUCAGCUCAGUCAAUGGAGAGCUUUACAAACUCAGAGCUUCUGAUGCCAAAGAGCAGCGGUUUUGGAUCAAUCAACUUCAAGCGUGUGCCCGGCGACAUUCUGACUGCAGUGCUAAGGUGAGGAAGCUGAAGGCCUCAGAAGAACACCUGAGUGUAGAAGAAGCUGCAGGAGGACAAGAUGUUCUGGGGUCAUCCUGUGGCCGCAACCGUAGCUUCUCCCUCCUCCCCCACCUAAAUCCGUCUUCAUCGCCGGCUCCUCAGAGGCAGCUCGGCCAUACUUCCUCGCCCGGUAACAUUGUGACAAUAACGCACCACAAGUCUCCAGCUGCAGCACGGCGGGCCAAGAAUCAGUACCCGGGACAGCUGCAUGAGGUCAAAGAGAUGAUGUCCCAAGCUGAGGGCCAGCAAAAGAACCUCGUCCAGUCCAUUGACUUGUUACCCACCAAAGGCCCCCUCUCCUGCCUAGACCAGGACCUGCUGCUGCUCAAAGCCACCUCAGCCGCCACGCUCAGCUGCCUGGGAGAAUGUCUGAACAUCCUCCAACAAACCCAGAGCCAUAGCCAGGUGGCGUCCCAGUCUCAGGCCAGUCAGCGCAACCACACCAUCGACGGAGGCCCCACCGACCCUGACCAAUCACAGCAGAGUAGGCCAGGUCGGGGAGGAGGUUGCGGAACCUAUUGGGAAGGCGAUCCUGUGUGGACAGUACUAAAGUCCCCUUCAGGGCAGCAGCUGAAAAAUGGCGGCUUGACUCCAACGCGUUUGAUUGAGCCCUCGCCAGGCCUCAGAGAGAGAAGCCCGUCACAUGGUGCUGAGCAGCGAGCAGGCCUGUCAGACAUCGGCCCCAGCGAGGAGGUGACGGACACAGAGGACAACGAAGAGGAGGACCUGGGGGUCCUGGACGAGCAGAGGAGCGUCAUUCUGCACCUGCUCUCCCAGCUCAAACUGGGCAUGGAUCUCACACGGGUGGUGCUGCCUACUUUUAUUCUGGAGAAGCGCUCGCUGCUGGAGAUGUACGCCAACUUCAUGGCCCACCCGGACUUGUUCCUGUCCAUCACAGCAGGCGCCACGGCCGAGGACCGCAUCAUCCGCUUUGUGGAGUACUACUUGACCUCCUUCCACGAAGGCCGCAAGGGGGCCGUGGCCAAAAAGCCCUACAAUCCCCUGCUGGGAGAGACCUUCCACUGUUCCUGGGACGUGCCUCGCGACAAAGUCAAGGCCAACCAGGGGUCCGCCCGGGAGCCAAGCAGGGGCCCCAACAACGCGCAGCAGGGCGACGACCCACCGGGAGGCUGCUACAGAGUCCACUUCGUGGGCGAGCAGGUGUCCCAUCAUCCGCCUGUCUCUGCGUUUUACUGCGAGUGCUGGGAGAGGAGGGUGUGUGUCAGCGCCCACGUGUGGACCAAGAGCAAGUUCAUGGGCAUGUCUAUUGGAGUGUCCAUGAUUGGAGAAGGCGUGUUGUCUCUCCUGGAGCACGAGGAGGACUAUGUCUUUUCGCUGCCGUCCGCCUACGCCCGCUCCAUCCUGACCGUGCCCUGGGUGGAGCUGGGCGGCAAAGUUUGCAUCAACUGUGCCAAAAGCGGAUACUCGGCCACGGUCACCUUCCACACGAAACCUUUCUACGGUGGCAAAGUGCACAGAGUGACAGCAGAAGUGAAACACAACCUGACCAACACCACGGUGUGCAAAGCUCAGGGCGAGUGGAACGGUACGUUGGAGUUCACCUACAGCAGCGGCGAGACCAAAGUCAUCGACACCACCAAACUGGCCAUCACCAAGAAGAAGAUGCGACCGCUGGAGCAACAAGGACGGACCGAGUCCAGGCGCUUGUGGAGACAUGUGACCAAGUCUCUGAAAGAUGGCAACAUGGACGAGGCCACAGAACACAAACAUGGACUAGAGGAGCAGCAGAGACAGGAAGAGAGACAGAGGGCGGCUGAAAACAAAGCUUGGACACCCAAGUUUUUCACUAAGGAGGGAGAUGGUUGGAGCUACAACAAAGCUCUGUGGAAGCAAACUUGACACAACCACCUUUCUUCUCAUGGACACGAAAAGGACAUUUCCGCUAAACUGGAGCUGUUCACUGGUGUUGUCGCUAUGGAGAUCAGCAGGAAACAAGUAAUGGUGCCAAAGGGACUGUCCACUCCUAAUAAAAGAAAGACAAUGGAGCUUCUGGGACAAAAAUGUUUUCUAUAAUGUUGAUAUUAUUAGAUUGUAUUAGAGUCUUUCUAUUUUUCACUUUCUGUGCCAAGGCCUUUUUGCACACAUCAAGUCUGUCACUUUUUACAUCUUAUCAGAAAACACCAAAUGUGUAACUCUUACUUCAGUCGUUGAUAAAGCACUUUGACCACAGGAAUAGAUGGUAAGUUCAUGUCUUUCAAUCAGGGUGAUCAACUCUUAUACGAUCACUGCCUAUUGCAAACAUCAGCACUAGUAAACUGUACACAUCAAAUAUAAUUCAUUCUUAACAAAGGCCCUGACUGUGUGCACUUUGAAUGUAUUAUAUAUAUAUAAUAUAUAUAUAUAUAUAUAUAUAUUGUCUUGUUUUAAAGCAGAUAAAGGAACUUCAUUCUUUUAAAUAUGCAAAUGUUUUAACGUUGUCAAUUUAGUGGUGUCCAUACAACAUUAUUUUUCGAAACCUGGCCAUUUGGAAAUUAUAAAUGCUAAACUUCAUCCAACCUAUACAUUUUAAGCUAUCUGAACAAAACUGAUUCUGAAGUUGUCAUUAAGGCAUUUUACUUUCGUUUAAGGACUGUGCCAACCAUUAGGUAUUAUCUGCAGGAAUCAGGUCAAAUUGUGUCAUUUAAAUUAAAGUAGAAAUAGGAGUCCAAGCUUAUCUUAUGAGGCCACACUCUGAAAGAUCAAAAGAUGCAAUAUUAAUGUUGAUGAUUUUUUUUAGACUAGUUUCACUGUACAAUAAGUUGCUUUUCACCUCUUUGCUUUUUCAAAGGUGCGGUUACUGUAUGGAUUUCCUUUGCUGACAGAUAAAUUAUGGAAUGGAUCAGGCAAAAAAUUUAAUGUAAUAAAUGACCCACUCUAAGAAAUUAUUUGAACUACAUGUUUACAAAGUACAAGGAUUCCUGACAUUUUUCUCAGAGAAUGAAUAAAGACAAUUACUUUUCCAUUUUGGUUUACUGCCAUGCUUCUGGCACUGUCUAGAAUAAAACAUUAAAGUACGUAAAUAUUUUUCUAAAUAUUUAUUUUAACAAAGUAUCGUGUUCAGUGGGUACAGGAAGUAUUCAGACCCCUUCAAUUUUUCACUGCUUCAUUGCAGCUAUUUGCUGAAAGAAAGAAAAAAAACUUUACUUAAUGUACAUUCAGCACCCCAUUUUGACAGAAGAAAAAUCAUCAUUCAUUUUAAGCAAAUGUAUUUAAAACAAAAAUUCAAACAAAUCACAUGUAUGCCAGUUCUUAGACCAAUACUUUGGUUGAAUAAGACCCCAGAAGCUUGGCACACCUAUCUUUGCAGCACCUCUCAAGCUCCAUCAGGUUGGAUGGGAAACUGUUUCCAUCCAGGAUGUCUCUCUACAUUGUUGCAUUCAUCUUAGUCUAGUCAUGAACAACAGGCGCUCUGUCAAAACUAGAGCAUUCCUCUGUGGACAGAGAAGAACCUCCUAGAAGAACAAACAUCUCUGCAGUAAACCACCUAUCAGGCCUGUGCCCACACGGGAGCCAUAUUUUAAUAAAUCGUUUGCCAAAUUGAACCUGAAAGACCAUGAGAAACAAAUUCUCUUGUCUGAUGAGACAAAGAUUGAACUCGUUGGCGUAAAUGCCAGGUGUCCUGUUUAGAGAAAACCGGGCACCGCUGAUCACCAGGCCAAUAACAUUUCUACAGUGAAGCAUCGAGCUGUGGAGAUGGUUUUCAGCGGUAGGAACUGGGAGUCGAGUCAGGAUAGAGGGAAAGAUGAAUGCAGCAAUGUAUAGAGACAUCCUAGAUGAAAACCAACACUUCGCAUCUAACUUGGUGGAGCUUGAGAGGUGCUGCAAAGAGGAAUAAACCAAACUGCCCGAAGAUAGGUGUGCCAAGUUUGUGGUAUCAUAUUCAAAGACUUGAGGCUGUAAUUUCUGCCAAAGGUGCGUCAAAGUAUUGAGCAGAGGGUCUAAAUAUUUAUGUGAUUUGAGUUUUUAUUUUCAAUACAUUUGCUAAAAGUGUAUUCAUUUGUCUUAUUCUGUUAAGAUGGAGUGCUGAGUGUACAUUAAUCGGGAAAUACAACUUUUUUUUUUUUUUAAUGGCUGCAGUGAAAUAUUUCAAGGUGUCUGAAUAUUUUACAUAUCCACUGUCUUUGGCUAAUAUAUGCUUUUUGUCACUAGUAUCAACAUUUUAAUUUUUUCUCACAAACACAUGUCCACUCUUCUUUUAAUGCUUUUGUUAAAAAAUUGGCUGCAGGCUGUAACCAUCAAUCUGGACAUCCCUGUACAAAUAACAUUGAAAUAGGACAUGAACAAAGCACUAGUUUUAAAUUAGGUUGACAUUUCGCUGGAAAAUGUAGUCAUUUUGGGGUAAUAGUGUGCAAAGUAAGAUGGGGAUUUUUAAGAGGUUAUACUAUUUUACUAAAAAGUAAAUUUCAUGAGGAACGAGAUCUAAGUAAAACGGGAGUUAAGUCAUUAAGCAAGGGCAAAUUAAAAAAACACCAAGCUAAGCACUGAAACUAUUAAACCAUUUUUAAAAUUCAUUUCUGGAGUGGGAAAAGUUUAAAUAUUAAUGACAGAGAAAUGUGGCCAUUCAUUUUAAUGUUGCAAUUAUAUUGUACCCUUAUUUCUGCUCUUUUUCCAGUCUUAUUUAAAUAAUCUUACAUGUUCUACAUUUGCUAUUAAAUUUACAGUACUUGCACUUGACAUAGAACUUAACUUAUUGUCAAGGCAACAUUUUAAAGUCUUGUUGAAUAGCAAUAGUGCAAAAAUUCACAUGAAUCCCAAUGUUGACAAUGUGCUCACCAGUGUGAUGUGUUCAGGAUCCCAAGGUCUUGAUGACACGGUCAAUGCUGCCCCCUGGCGGACACUCUUACUAUUGUCCAAGCUGCACUUGAAUAACAACACGUGAUUUAAUUUGGGUGUGUAUUUCAAGAUGACUGAACAGUGUAAACGCUGAAAGGGAGGAGGAGAAAAAAAAAGCCACAAAGACAGAUUGCAUUAAACCACAAACCAACAAAAAGAGAAAGUAAAACAUGUCAAGUACAGACGGCACUGUGAAACAAAAAAUGAAGGAAGGACUUUAGUUUAGUUGCUAAACUGGACAGAAUAGCAAAUGCAAACAAGAUAAAGGCAAAGACAGGAUGUUAGGAAGGUGAUGUCACAUUAAGGCUUAAUUUGCACUCCUGGAUGCAAACAUUUUAGACUGACUUGAUGUUUGCAGCCUAAAAACAGACAAAAAGGGUGGAAAAAAAACAACAUUUGGACGGGGACUUCUCAAAGUAAAAGCUUACUGGUCAUUACAGCUUUGUCCUUGUUACAUAUCCUUUUAGCCAGGCCCUUCAACUUGCAACUUUAUUCAUUUAAGCUUUUUUCCAUCACUGAAAAUGUAAAAGCAACCACGAAAAAGAAAGCUUUUUAAGACAUGAAUGUGAUACUUGCAUGGCUGUUGAAGCUCGCUGUUACUCAAACGACAACGCAGUAACAAGUCAGUGCCACACUGAAAAAAUCCCAAAGUAAAACAACAAACUGUUGUAAGUCAAUAAAAAGACAAUGACAAAGUUUGCGUUUACAAGGCAAAGUUAAGACUGAGGAAAAAGUCAAUGUUAUGACAAAAAAGGUUAAGUAAUCAAUUAAAAAAUGUAGAUUUUUGUGAAAAUUUUCACAUUGACAAGUUUAACAUGAAUUCCAUAACAUUUCUACUUUUUUUUUUUUAAAUUAGAAAGAAUAUGUAUUGUACCAUUUUGACUUAAUUCUGCAAGCCAUUUUUGUCGUUUUGAUUUGUAUCCCUUUUCAGCCAAAUAAUGUCUUUAAAAACUAUAACUUCAGCAACGUUCUGACUUUAUUCCUGAUUUUUGACUACAACGUAAAAAUACCACAUAAUUCUUUGCAUUGAUCUUGUAAUAUUUCCACUUUGAUUCAGCUUUUUGUUUGUAAUUUUUAUUUUUUAGACAUUGUGACUUAAUUCCUGCUGCAGAGCCCGUUUAAAUACCAUACCAUUUGUUUUAGCAAGGGAAGUGCAAACUAUGAAUAUAAUUUUUUUAUUGACUCAGCAUAUUUCCAAAAUAUGUUGACUAAACAUUUCCAAUAUUUCCAGUUUCUCAUAAAUUAUUGAUGAAUUGUACUUUUUUCUUAAAAUUGUAACAAAUUCCUUAUCGAAAUUUAAAUAUUUGUAUAUUGUUAAUCA